AACUGUUCACUUGCAAGGCACCAGGCUCUCUAGCUGUUAGAGACCUUGUGCUCGACCAGUUCAUCUUAGCCAUCUGUUUAAUUCAACAAGCAACAUUAAAACUGCCUGGAGAAAGGAGAUGCUUGAGGCCUCUCCGAUCUUCUGACUUCCGUGACUAGCUGUCACUGAAGAACUAUACAUGACAGAACCUGAAGGCUGUACAGAAUACAGAAUUACAGAAUACAGCUCUUGAGCUCAUGCCCCACAGCUUCUGGAAAUAAAAACCACAAAGCAAUCCAACACAUUUUCAUCCAGGAGUGUAAACCAAGACUGAAUUUCCAAGGCCUGGACAUCUUCUCUGAUUUUCAUUCUGUAUUCUUGUGCGAAAGAUGUCAAAAAACACAACAGAGGACUCAAUUAUCCCUCACUCAGCUCUUCUAGGUCUGUUCCUGGGAAGCAUUUCACUGAUCACGAUUGUCAUGAAUAUAUUAGUACUAUGUGCUGUGAAAACUGAAAAGAAGCUGCAAACAGUUGGCAAUUUAUACAUUGUCAGCCUCUCUAUUGCAGAUCUUAUAGUUGGUGCAGCUGUUAUGCCCCUGAAUAUUGUUUAUCUCCUACGUCCUGGGUGGAGUCUAGGCUUACCAGCCUGUUUGUUCUGGCUGUCAAUGGAUUAUGUGGCCAGUACUGCAUCCAUUUUCAAUCUCUUCAUAUUGUGCAUUGACCGUUAUCGUUCAGUUCAGCAACCACUGAAAUAUCUCAAGUACAGAACAAAAAUGAGAGCAUCGCUAAUGAUUUUGGGGGUUUGGUUGCUCUCUUUCAUGUGGGUCAUUCCAAUCCUAGGAUGGCAUGUUUUUGCUAAUAAUGGGGAAAGGAAACUAAAGGAAAAGAAGUGUGAAACUGAAUUCUCUGAAGUCACUUGGUUUAAAGUGUUGACAGCCAUUGUCAAUUUCUACCUACCCUCUAUCAUGAUGUUAUGGUUCUACUAUAAAAUAUUCAGAGCUGUUCGAAAACACUGUCAACACCGAGAGCUCAUCAAUGGAUCACAUCGGUCUUUCUCAGAAAAAAACCCCAUACAUCAUAGUAAGACAAAGGACGAGCAAAAUAUUUGCCUCCAAAAGCAAAUCUUAGAUGAGAACACCCCUCCCAAAGGCAAGCAAAGCUCCCCUCAGCCCAAAAAGAUGGAGGCAGAGCUUCAUGUCAGUAAUCCUGACAAGUCUUCAAAGGCAUUCGUUAGCAAGAGUAAUAGGAAAGUCCUUAAAUUGAGCUGUUUUCCUCUCGCCACUGCCCAGUCUGAGCCAGGCCUGGAUAAAGCAGGAAAGAAGUGCGUGUGUGUAACAAAAGAGAACACAAAUGAAGAGGAGCCUUGCUCACAAGACAGUGACUUAAGUGAUGCAUCAGACAACAACACUUUCACAGAGGAGGUACCCUGUAAAGAGCACUCCAAUCCUAACCCUGAAAGAGCCUGCAGUCCUCAGGAAAAGACUGAGAACAGGGAUUUCAGAGGACUGACUUACCUGAGGAAAACCUGGCAAAGUCUGCAUACCCAUUCCAAAAGGCACAUUCAAGGAGUGCAUGGGAACAGGGAGAGGAAAGCAGCUAAGCAGUUAGGCGUCAUAAUGGCAGUCUUUAUGCUGUGCUGGAUUCCCUAUUUUGUAUUAUUUAUGGUAAUAGCUUGCCAUGGCCGUGAACAAUUUUCGAAAUUACACAUGUUCACUAUAUGGCUUGGCUAUGUGAACUCCACCUUAAAUCCAUUCCUGUAUCCUCUUUGUAACCACAAUUUCAAGAAGACAUUCAAAAAGAUCCUUCACAUUCACUGAUACUCGUCUGGUUUUUUUGAGCUAAAAAGCAGCUCAAGAGUUCAACCAAACAAAAUGCUCCAGUUUCAAAGACAAACACUAUGGGUAAAGUAGAAGACUUUGGAAAACUGUAAUUUAUAAACAAGUGUUAGUAAAAGUGGGAAACGUGUAUUUAACAGCUUUAACACAUUUGAAGAAAUAAUUCAGAUCAGGAAUCUGAAAAACUCAGGGGCAAUCUCAGAACUGUUACACUGUUGUACACAUUUUACAAUUUGAGAUCACCUCUUUCAUCAUGUAGAACAAAAACUGGAGAUACAAAUAGAGAUCUUCAGUGAUUAUAUAUUAUUUCGCUACAGAAAAGGAAGAAACAGAAGAGCAUUUCUGUGAUUGGCCAAAUAUAUUUUUGUCUUUCAACUUAUUCCAUUAAACAUGGGAACACAUUGCUUGUGAAGUGAGAUCUGCAAGUGGAGGUUCUUUGCAUAGUCAAAGAAAGCAGCUUCAACUGUUUAAAAAAAUCUACCCUAUUUAUUUAUAGCUUCCCUCAAAUCAUAAACUUUUUUGACAUGUCAAGUCAUAUUGUAACCUAUUGUAUCUCUUUGAUAUCAUGCUUGCUUCUUUUAUACCUGUACAUGUUAACUUCACUGAAAAAAAAAAAAUAGUAUUUUUAUGUCCUAGAAAUUUUGCUAAGACUUUCCAUACUCAACAUACUAUCACUAUCUAUUCAAGAAGGGUAUGCUGUUGUUUCUAGACUUACAGAAUAUAGUUGAUUAUAGACUACACAUAUAUGUUCUUCUUCCUACAAGUUAGCAAAUAACCUAAGUGUGCAGUGGCAAUACUCAUACAUAUAUCCUUAUCUUGUAGUAGGCAAACUCUUCCUAACUUAUCUUAAGCCAAGGACUUUUCAGUUUCCCAUGCUCUGCCAGCAAGCAGGUGUGCAAGAAGCUGGGAGGGAGCACGGCCAGGACAGCUGACCCGAACUAGCCAAAGGGGUAUUCCAUACCACAGAACAUCAUGCCCAGUAUAUAAACUGGGGGGAGUUGGCCAGGAGGGGCGGAUCGCUGCUUGGGCAUCGGUCAGUGGGUGGUGAGCAACUGCAUUGUGCCUCACUUGUCUUUUCUUGGGUUUUAUUUCUCUCUCUUUUUGUUAUAUUCCUUUUCAUUACAAUUAUUACUAUUAUUUAUUAUUAUUAUAUUUUAUUUUAGUUAUUAAAUUGUUCUUAUCUCAA